CUUUUUUUCACAUUGAUAGCUCAGUUAAACCGUUCACCUUCUCCUCUCAAUUCUCUAAGCAGAGGACUUCUCAAUUGUCAAUUCUCUAAGUAGAGGCCUUCUGAAUUCUCAAUUCUAUAUAAAAAAAAACGUGAUAUCCAAAAAUCAGUGGUUCUCUUUAGCUCCGAAACUUUGUCAAUCAAAAUCAAAGAUAUUCGAGGUGUAGGAUCUAAAAGAGCUGGAUUGCCUAAUGGAAAAGGAGAUAAGUCAAGUAAUACGAAAAAAUAGACAAUAGAGCGACAAACAGUUCAAUUGCCUCCCAUAAUUCCGUCAGGAUCCCUUCAAUCUCAUAACAUUGUUGUGCCUCCCAUAAUACCAUCACAACCCCUCUAUUCCCAUACUAGUCUACUUCAUGUAAAUGAGUCUCAACCUAAUCUUGGGAUCAACCAACCCCAGACUGCUAUUAUUGAAUCUCCACCUCAAUCUAAUAGGUCCCAACCUGCAAAUCAAGAUUCUGAACCAUUAAUGUCACCACCGGCCAACAUGACUCCACCCACCUCACCUAAUAUAGUUGACAAUAUAGCUGAUGAUAAUCAAAUAUGUACUGUACCUGAAGGGGAUGGGUUUGAUCCACACAAGGUAGUUAUUGAUGGUAUUGCUAAUUGCAUUCGGAGUAAGUUUGAAUUGGCUAGACCUUCAUGGAAGAAGUUUCCAGAGUCUACCCGCGAGAUGUGGUUCGAGGAAUUCAAGAAGAAAUUUAAGUGGGUUCCUCACUAUAAUGAUGUUGUAUGGUCUAAUUUUAAUAAAAGGGCAUCUUAAAAAAUGACCCAACUUUUUCAAGAUGUUAGAAAAAAAUUGCCUCUGAAACCACAUUGGAUGGGAGAUGCAGUAUUCAAGGAGAUGAAGGUGUAUUGGGAGUCUAAUGAGUUCAAAACAAAGUCUAAACAAAAUAAAGACAAUCGUGAUUCAAAUGCUGGUGCAUCACUUUAUACAGGUGGUUGUGUACCUCAUCAAUUGAUCUUUAAGAGAAUGAAAGAAGCUACUGGAAAAGAUCCUUCUGUUUCAGAAUUUUAUUUUCGAACUCAUCUCAAGAAAAGUGAUGAAAGUUGGGUAAAUGAGAAAGCUGAAGCUACUUAUAAUGAGUUUGAAAGAAAGAAACAAGAAAUAUUAGCUGCUCAAAGUGCAUUAGCUGUGGAUGGAGAAACUAAUUCAACUAGUGAGCCGACUCAGUUAAGUGAAAUGGAUAUCUGGGUGCAAUCUGUUGGUGGAAAGAAAAAAGAAAGAGUCAAAGGUCUUGGCUCCUUGGGUCGAAGCGUAAAGGCAACUAAUAGUUCAACAUCAACUUUGACAAAAGAAAUUGAUGAGAUGAUUAAGUCUCAGGUUGAUGCUUCAAAUGCUCAUUUGUAUGCUCAGUUGCAGAAUGAGCAAAAGAAAAAUAAGAGGAUGAGAAAGGAAUUACACUUGUUGAUGAACCAUGUAUACAACAAAUCAUUUUCAAAUGAUCAACGCCUAUGUCAAGAAGACUACCAAGCUUAUGAGGAUGAAAGUGAUGACGACUCUGACGACGUGAAUGGAAGUGAUAAUCCCGAUAACGUGAAUGAAAGUGAUUCUGACUUUGAUGGUUGGUAGUUUUAUUGAAUAUUCAAGUUUGAAUAUAUUUUGUUUUGGACCAUUUAAGAAUCAUACAUUAUUAAUGGGGAUGUUUUGAAUUAUGUUUUUUGUUAGCUAUAAUGGUUUACAUUAAAUUAAA